AAAAUAUAUUAUAUACAUAAUAAUAAAAUGGACGAAAAUCGAUUAAGACGACGAUCGAUUGUUUCACAAAAACAACAUAUAUUUUGCUCGAUAAAACCCCACAAAAUGGCUUAGCAAGAAAUCGAAAAUGGAAGAAGACUACAAGCGGAUUUUAGAUCGGCAUCGAGAUAAAUUUCGGCAAGCUGUUAACAUCGAAAGAUUGAGUUCGUCUUUACUCAUCAGCCAUAUUUUAAGCGAAUCAGACUGGCAAAUAAUUGAAGCAGAAAUCGGUAGCCAACGGGUCGAUCGGCUGCUGGAUUUGCUCAAGACGAAAGGCUAUGAUAAAUUUAAACGUUUUUGUGUGAUUUUGGAGACGACAUAUCCGUACAUGCUCAAUUGUAUGUUCUUAGGAAUGGAUCCUCCAAAGGAUUUGUACUCAGGUAUACAAAUUUUGUUUACAUCAAAUUUAAUGAAGAUGAUGUCUGGAAAAUCGGCCAGAUGCUUUGUUCUGUCGUUUUGUUUACGAUUUAUUUGCAAAUUUGCGCUCGGUGAAGUCGUUUCGACAUACUAUCGUGGCUCAUAUUAAAGUGACGAUUUCAAAUUUCAUCUAGGUGACUUUGUUUACAUUCGGUGAUGCAGAUAAAAUUUAUAAUUUGCCAUAGAUAAAUUAAUUGGCAUAUGCUGGUUUAAUUGUUUGUAGUGUUAUCGGUUAAAAGUUUGUUUUUAGUACGGUAUAUAUUUAGCUCUGUUGGAGUUGAUUCAAUUAAUCGUUGAGCCAGAUCGCUGAGACAAAGUUCCAAUUAAUACGGAUUUUAAACCGUUUAUUAUAUAUGGCAGGCAUACCAGGCAAUCAACAUCAAUUGUAAUAGCUGGUAAAUAUGACACAACUUUUGCCUUGUGAUGCUCGUAACUCUGUUUCUCAACGUGUAUGAACAAGAGUUUGUUGGUUAACUGAGCCAAGUCAAAUUCGAGCCUGAGUCAAAUGUCUGAGUCAUGAGUGUUUAGCGGUCUUUGUAGUUCAAUGACUUAGUACCCUAACCCUACUCCUAACCUGAUUUGAUUGUGAAUUUUAUUCAAUUUUGUCUUUUUUUACAUGACUCAGACAUUUGGGGCUUGGAGUUGACUCAAACUCAAAUUUGACUUGGUAAAUGGAUUUACUCAUAUGAGCAAAACUGCAGAUCUAUGCAUCCUUUUCUCAUGAGAAAACAUGUCCUGUUUUUGUAUUAAAACAUUCAGGAAUGAAUUCCUAUCGUGAAAUAGUCAUUUUGAGAACGAUGACAUCUGAUUGACCUUGAUGAAAUUAUUUCUCUAAUUUGACCAAAGAUAUAAUUUUGUUUUAGGUUCUGGUCGUAUUUCUAAAAACAAAUCAAAGCAUUCUGAACGAGACAAAGAGGGCAAUCAAGGUACGGUAUACUGAUAUCACUGACCUAUUCUGAUGUACAAUUAAAGGGUAAAUUGAAACAGUGUGAAAUAAUUGUGAUUGCUAUUUGUGAACAUUGUUUCUUAUGAAUUAUUGUUAACUCAUUGAAGAGCAAGAUUCUCCCCUUGACAAGUAAAAUUAUCUGGUGUUAGACAGAGAAAGGCUGUGUUCACGCUGAGCGCCCGGCACUGGUGCCCAAUGUUCAAACUGGUUCCCAAAACAUUUUGAGCCCAUAGCUGUUGUUGAGUACUACCUCUGGAAUAGAAGUAACUAGUGCCCUUUCUUGGGCAUUGUACCCAAUUUCAUUUGGACGUGUUGUGUUCAAACUAAAUGUCAAAACAAGUGCCGGAUGCUAAAUGCAGCCUAAAGUAAUAAAGUAGGUCACAUAACUCUCAUUAGGGCACAUUGCAGCUUAAUGAGUUAAAGUUAAGAUAAAACUUUGUUGCUUUCAUCUUAAUGUGUAGGGCCGAAGCAAGGAAAUGUACACCGAAGUGUGAGCAUGAUCGAACAUGACUCCUGUAAAGACACAACCUCCUUGAAAACAGAGCUGAGGGUCAUUCACAGAAAAUACGACAGCGUUGUUAAGAAAUUGAAGAAAAUGGAACAGGAACGUGCUGAGGAAUUGGCGAAUGUUGAUGAUCAUGCAAAAGAUGAUGGGGACAGCAAGGCGGCUGGUGAAGAGAAGGAACGAGAAUGUGAACUCAUCAAACAAAAAUAUGAAGAUGCCAUUAAAGAGGUAUGAAUUCUCCAGUAAAGACCAUCCCAUA